AGUUUUACUUACAGUAUAUUAAUCGGAACUGCUAUUUUGUGCAAAAUUGUUGCAAAUUAACACGUUGCCAUGGAUAAUUCUGAAGAUUAUUUUCAUCCAGCAGAUUUCGUCAUUUUUGGCGCAAUGCUCCUGAUUUCAACUAUCAUUGGAAUAUUCUUUGCUGUUAGAGACCGAUCAAAUAAUUCUACAGAUAACUAUUAUUUUGCUGGAAGAAAAGCGAAUCCGAUUCCAGUAGCUUUAUCGCUCAUUGUGUCAUUUGUUUCUGCAAUUGCUGUUAUCGGUUUACCAGUAGAAGUAUAUUUGCACGGAACAACGUUUGCGUGGAAUACUAUAGCUCAGCUCAUUGCAACAAUCAUUGCAAUUUUAUAUUAUAUUCCCGUGUAUCACAGAUUGCGAUUGAAAAGUGUGUAUGAGUACCUUGAACUACGAUUUCAUGUCAGCGUAAGAAAGGUUGCCUCAUUACUUGCAAUGCUGAAUCUGAUUCUUUAUUUGGGAGUCGUGAUUUACAUGCCAUCACUGACACUGAGUGCUGUUACUCCACUUAGUCUUUACUGGGCAAUAGCCUUAACCAGUGUUAUCUGCACGUUUUACACAGCCGUGGGAGGAAUGAAAGCCGUGAUAUGGACGGAUGUGUUUCAAUCUGGUAUAAUGAUGGCUGGAAUGUUGUCUGUCUUCAUUCAAGGUGUAAUCACAUUAGGUGGAAUAGAACCGUUAAGAGAAGCAGCUGAUAGAGGAGGAAGAAGCAAUUUUUUGACGUUCACUUUUGACCCAAGAACUCGCAGCACGUUCUGGACAGUUGCAUUUGGACUGGGAUUAAAUGCAUGUUUUGAAACUGGUUGUAAUCAAGUUUACAUUCAGAGAUAUCUAUCUUGCAAGACUGUCAAAACGGCAAGAAUAGCAUUGCUACUUACAUUGGCUCCUGGAUUCUUUUUCACAUUAAUUUCGGUAGCAAAUGGAUUGGUAAUGUAUGCUUUCUUUGAGGGCUGCGAUCCACACAAAGCAGGUAUAGUCGAAAAAGUGGAUCAAAUUAUUCCACGACUUGCUCUUCAAAUAUUUCAACAUGCCCCCGGAAUGGCUGGAUUGUUCGUAUCAGCUGCAUAUUGUGGAACGCUCAGCUCGGUGUCGUCUGGAGUCAACGCAUUGUCAGCGUUGACAAUGAUGGAUUUUAUAUCGCCAUUCUUUCCCAACAUGUCACCAAGAAUCAAAGUUUGGUUGAGCAAGGGAUUAACAUUAUGUUUUGGACUGCUUGUCAUGGCUCUGGCAUACAUAAUAUCUUUCUCCGACGCAAAUAUCAUUGAAAUAGUGGUUUCAAUAUCAGGCUUUAUUGGAGGACCAAUGAUCGGUAUAUUCACGAUGGGACUGUUCUUUCCUUGGAUCAACUACUUGGGGGCACUUGUUGGAUUGAUAUUAGGUUGGGCAGCAGCAACUUGGGUCGGGCUAACUGCAAUGUACGUUACCCAAUACGAAGGAUCUAACAAACAGUUACAGAUCUCGAUAGACAACUGCACCGCGCUACCUACAUCAGCCACAGACAUGAAUAUGACAACAACCUACAUGACGCCGACCACAACGUCAUUUGAGGGAUCUGGAUACAAUUUCACAACUACUGAAAGUUAUAAUCCUCGAAUCAACACAACUUUCUACUCUAUGUCACCGUUUCUUUAUGGCGUUUGGGGUUUCUUAGUGACUGUCUUCUUUGGCCAUGUUAUUUCUCUUAUUUCUGGAUUCAAUAAGCCUUCAGAAGCAAACCCAGAUUUGUUUAUGCCAUUCCUGCCGAUAAAAGCUUUUCGUUUUGGUGUUCCGAAACGCAGUAAGAGGAAGAUCGAAGUUGAAGAGGAGAAUGAGUCACCAAUGUGAACAAAAAUGCAAAAGACAUUCCUCAGCCUGUUUGUAAAUAUAUACUAGAAAUGUGGAGAAGAUCAAAUCAUGACGGACGCUGAUGUAUUGAUACAUAUCAUGGGAAAUAAAAUUAAAAGCAAUUGGAACAAACUUCAGUGUGAAUGUUAGCAUUUUGAAAGUUAAGCAUUCUAAUUAAAACACACGUUUUAGGCAAUAGACAAAUGUUUAUAUUUUCUAGAAAUAUACCAUUUUUUUUUCUUAAAUGUUUCAUUUGAUUUUCAACAUACCUCCAUUGUUUUUU